CUCUGCCGGGCGGACCCUACAGACUCUCUCUCUAGCACUCUUGUCUCUCUUUCUCUCACUCACUCAUCAGCUUACUGCUAAAGUGCGCCCGGGCCGCAUACAAAAAAGCAAAUGCUGGGUAAUUACAACCGCCAUAAUCACGGAGACCAGGGAGAGAGAGAGAGAGUCAGAGCUCUCUAGAGAGAGAAGCAGCUCUCUGGAGAGAGAAAAGUUAGAGAGAGAAAGCUCUUGUCGCGCUUUGGCUCUCCGAAAUUGCAAAAAAGGAGAAAAGUGAAGGGAAAAACCUCGGCAUGUCAUUUAUAGCUUUUGUUUUUGGGGAGAAAAGGAAGUGAGUGUGUGAGAGAGAGGGCUCUGUGAGAAAACCCUAAAUUGGAAGCUAACCCUUACCGAUUUUCGUUGUUGUUGGUCACAAGGACCUUCCGUCUUCCCCAGGCGUAAAUGUUCGACUUCGUUUUGCUCUGAUUUUUGCUGGAUGAUUUUUCUAUGAGAUACACGGUUAUUAGGCAUGGAGAGGGUUUCAGAAUCAAAGGUGCUUCCUAAGAAAUAUGAUGUGGGACACGAGGUGAUUUAUUCAUAUUCGGCCUCAACGAGAGGAGUGGGUCACUUGUCAAACACACGUUCUGGUUUGGCGAGAGCAGCUGUUGCUUCUGCAAGAGACAGGGGUCAAUUUUCCAAUGGGCAAUUGGGCUUGGUGAGAGAAGAAAUUGCAUUGGCAAGGCAAAUGGCUGAAUUGUCAAAUGUGCAUUCUGUUAUGGUAAAAGAUGGAAGAUCUAAUGCGCGCGAGUCUCAAGAUUCAGACUCGCCUACACCUUUAAGAACAACAAAAGGAAAGAUCUCUUUGCCAGAAGAGGAAGAACUUCUGUCUGACUCUCUCACAUUCAAGGGAAGUAUAGAUUCAUUUGAUGAAGGGGCUCCUAGUUCUUUUGCCGGGGUUAGUCACCCUCCAGAACCUGUUGAUAUUGAUUUAAUGAAACCAGUGUAUGUACCGAUUGGUCAGAAUAAGUCCGAGGCUGGAUGCCUGAUGAAGAGCCUAUCUAUGAAAGGCCCUUUUCUAGAAGAUCUUUCCCUCCGUGUUCCUGCUAAGAAACCAAGUUCAACCGUUCUUUCCCCUGCGGAAAGCAUGCUUGAAGAACCCAAUGACAUAGGUGCAUUGUCUCCACCAUUUGUGGUUCAGCGUGCGUCACAAAAUACGGAAAGUUCACUCCUUCCUCCGGAUUCUGAGGAGAAGGAGUGUGUUUGGGAUGCUUCUUUGCCUCCAAGUGGCAAUGUAAGUCCACUGAGUAGCAUCGAUAGUACUGGCGUUGUCACUGCUAUGAGCAUUGUCAAUAGCUGUGGUAGUACAUAUAGGAGUGACGUAAUCACUAGUGAUGGCAUGCUUAGUAUCGAGAGAAACUGUGAAAGUGCCAAAGGGAGUGUUAGAAGGGAAUCACUUGAGAGUCCAAAAUCUAGCGUUAGUCGAGCAAGUGAUAGCAGUGGCCUUAGUGAUGACAGCAACUGGAGCAACCUUACUGGGAGUGCUAAUAAGCCUCAUAAAGGAAAUGAUCCUAGGUGGAAGGCUAUUCUUGCUAUUCGAGCUCGAGAUGGGAUUUUGGGUAUGAGCCAUUUUAGAUUACUCAAACGGCUUGGUUGUGGUGAUAUUGGCAGUGUUUAUCUUUCAGAACUAAGUGGAACCCGUUGUUAUUUUGCAAUGAAAGUAAUGGACAAGGCAUCCCUUGCAAGCAGGAAGAAGUUGACUAGGGCUCAGACAGAAAGGGAGAUUUUGCAACUGCUGGACCAUCCAUUCCUUCCAACUUUAUAUACACAUUUUGAGACCGACAGAUUCUGCUGUUUGGUCAUGGAAUAUUGUCCAGGUGGUGAUCUGCACACUCUGAGGCAACGACAACCUGGAAAACAUUUCUCAGAGUAUGCUGCGAGAUUCUAUGCUGCGGAGGUUCUGUUGGCACUGGAGUAUCUACACAUGCUUGGAGUAGUCUACAGGGACUUAAAACCUGAAAAUGUGCUUGUCCGUGAUGAUGGCCACAUAAUGCUCUCAGACUUCGAUCUUUCACUGAGAUGUGCUGUUUCUCCGACCCUGAUAAGAACUUCAUAUGAUUCGGAUCCGUCAAAACGAGCAGCAGGUGGUGCAUUCUGUGUCCAGCCUGCAUGUAUUGAGCCCUCAUCGGUAUGCAUUCAGCCUGCUUGUUUUAUCCCAAGGUUCUUCCCUCAGAAAAGCAAGAAGAGCCGAAAGCCUCGAGCUGAGCCUGGGUUUGCCACCAAUGCACUUCCAGAGCUUGUUGCAGAGCCUACUCAAGCUCGGUCUAUGUCUUUUGUUGGAACGCAUGAAUACCUAGCCCCUGAAAUUAUUAAGGGAGAAGGCCAUGGUAGUGCAGUUGAUUGGUGGACGUUUGGUAUAUUCUUGCAUGAAUUACUGUAUGGCAAAACCCCUUUUAAAGGUUCAGGAAACCGUGCUACACUGUUCAAUGUGGUGGGGCAGCAACUUAGAUUCCCAGAUUCCCCCGCAACUAGUUAUGCAAGCCGCGAUCUAAUUCGGGGGUUGCUGGUGAAAGAGCCACAGCACCGGCUUGGGGUGAAAAGGGGUGCAACUGAGAUCAAACAGCAUCCCUUCUUCGAAGGUGUAAAUUGGGCUUUAAUACGAUGCAGCACACCACCAGAAGUACCAAGACCGAUGGAAGCUGAGCUGCCAGUGAAAUUUGGGGCAGUUGAGGCAGUUGGUGUCGGAAGCAACAGUAAAAGAAUGGCUGGGGCAGACGUGAAGUCCGGGGGUAAAUAUCUAGACUUUGAGUUCUUUUAGUUCGGAGCACAAGGUUAUUGUGCUAUCUUGUACUCAUACCCAUCAUUUAAAUCCCAAACGAGUAUGCCUGAUUCACUGUGUUCUCUGCUAAUGAACUUGAGAUUAUCUCAUAGAAAGAAAAUCCCCCUUUUAACGGGGAAAACUGUUUAGUAAAGUUAUAGUAGUGAUAGAUUUUUCAAAAAAUUAUCGGGAUCGUACCAGUUUUCGUGUUUAAACUACGUAGGGAUGUCAUUAGAGCUAAUGCAAUUGCUGUGUAUUGAGAUAUUUUUCUGUUCC